CUGUGUGGAAAGUUUUGUGCUAAAAUUCCCAACAAAGUGGUAUCAGAGCUUUUGAGUUAGGUUCUGGUGGUUCUAGUAGCUUUUGAGGAUGUCGAGUUCGGGUUUGGGGUCUCACUUUGCCUUGCCUAAGUUCGAUGGAAAGAGUAGCUUCACUCUUUGGCAAAGAAGGAUGAAGGAUCUUCUUGUGCAUUUGGGUUUGUCUAGAGCCCUUAAAGGAGAUGAGGCGAAGCCGGAGAAAAUGAGUGACAAUGACUGGCAGGAGUUGUGCGAGAAGUGUGUCAGUACGAUCCGGUUGUGCAUUGCAGACUCUGUCGUUAAUUGUGUUAUUGACGAGGAGUCUCCGGCGGCGAUAUGGGAGAAGUUGGAAAAGCUGUACAUGGCGAAAAGCUUGACCAACAAGCUUCUUUUGAAGAGGCGGUUGUAUCGGUUGCGGAUGGAGGAUGAGGACACCUUGGUUGAACACAUGAAUGUGUUCAAUGGUUUAAUAGACGAGCUGAAACGGGUUGAUGUUAAAAUCAGUGAGGAGGAUCAGGCAUUGCUUCUUCUUAAUUCUCUCCCAGAUUCCUAUGAGAUUUAUGUGGAUACCAUACUGUGCGGCAAGGACACGAUUACCUUGGAGCAGGCACAAUCAGCUUUGUUGUCGUUUGAUGCGAGGAGGAAAGACAAAGCUGGGGUACGGAGUGACGAUGCAGUCGCGGCAAUUGCUCAUGGUGGUGGGAGAGGUCGUUCGUCUAUUAGGGACUACAAAUCAAAGCACGGAAGGUCUAAGUCCCAGAACGCACCUAAGAACGAGGUGCGUUGUUACAAGUGUGGCGAGCUCGGGCAUAUUAGGAGGGAUUGUCCUAAGAAGCGUGAGGGGAAAAAUGAUGCCAACUUGGUUCGAGAUGGAGAGACUGGAAGGAACAUUUUGAGACACUUCAAAAAGGCAUGACUAAGGUUUUGAGGUUAGCGGAUAACUCGACGGUGGCGGUCAUGGGUGUUGGAGUGGUGAAAAUGAAAAUGUUCGAUGGGC